UGAUUCUGAAGCUUGGCCGCAGCCCCUACCUGCCGACCCACCGCCUCCGGGUGCACUGGAAGAGGACUGAGAGCCCUGAAACCCCAGCGGGGCAGGAGCCAGCGUUCUGAGCAUGUGCGAGCAAGCCAGGGGGCUAGGGCGGAUUUGGGGGGCUGACUUCAGGUCGCCCUAAGCACAAAGCGAGAGAGCGGUGAGAACAGGGGCGGGCGACACUGCCCGGAGAGGUGCCCCUGCGCCCAGGGCGCAGCGACUGCGCCCUGCCCUCCGGGCGUGGGCGAGUUGGCCGCGUGUGUGCCUCGCUGUUUGACGCGAAGACUAGCCAAUCAGGGCGGGCGGCCCAAGCUGCCAUGUGACGGGCGAGGCGGCCCCUUUCCCCAGCGCGGCCAGAGGGAGGAGAGAACCGGGGCUCGCCGCGAGCCUUCGAGAGCAGCGGCCGCUGAGGAGGCGGCGGCGGCGGCGGGCGAGAGCGGCGGCGGCGGCACAGGCUCGGGGCCAGCCGGGCGCGCAUCCCCGGGCGCCCUGCGCGGUGGAGAGCUUGGCGGGCUGCGGGUGCCGCAGGACAGGAGUGGACAAAGCAAGAUGGCAGGGAUCUUAGCCUGGUUCUGGAACGAGAGGUUUUGGCUCCCGCACAAUGUCACCUGGGCGGACCUGAAGAACACGGAGGAGGCCACCUUCCCGCAGGCUGAGGACCUCUAUCUCGCUUUUCCCCUGGCCUUCUGCAUCUUCAUGGUGCGGCUCAUCUUCGAGAGAUUUGUAGCCAAACCGUGUGCCAUAGCCCUCAACAUUCAGGCCAAUGGACCACAGAUUGCUCCGCCCAAUGCCAUUCUGGAAAAGGUCUUCACUGCAAUUACGAAGCAUCCUGAUGAAAAGAGAUUGGAAGGCCUCUCCAAGCAACUGGACUGGGAUGUUCGAAGCAUUCAGCGCUGGUUUCGACAGAGACGCAAUCAGGAGAAGCCAAGCACGCUGACGAGGUUCUGUGAGAGCAUGUGGAGAUUUUCAUUUUACCUUUAUGUAUUUACCUACGGAGUGAGAUUCCUGAAAAAGGUAGGAUCUCUCAAAAUAUUUUACAUAAUUCUUAUAUAAGUGUACGUCUAUAUCUCCGUUUUUUUAACGUAUGACUGUAAUAAUAUUUUAGAUCAUCAUAACAGGUUUCCUAAGAAUUAUUUGUGCAUUUUCAUUUGACUUACAAAAAUAUUUUGGAUGUUGCUAAGUCCCAUAUUCACUCCAGUACGUUAUUCAUUACUUUUCAGGCAUUAGGAAGCUUAUAAAAUCCAUCUGAUGUUUUGAAAGAAGUUAGAGUUUCUACAUCACACAAUUUGAAAACAUGAAUUGUUGCAGCAUGUAUUACCACUGUACUCUUCACCAGUAGAAAUAACUAUAUAUAAUA